GCCCAGUUCAUCAGCACAGUUAUUUUUCUUUGGAAACCUUCCUGCAACAGAUGAUGAACAGUUGUACUCGUGCUCAUGAAUCAGUGAAGUUCCUGCAUAAAAAAAAAAACAUAUUGAACAGUGAAUGAUUUCUCAUCUUUGUUUGAUUCAUUUUUUGCAGCAGUAGGUGAACCCCUCCUACCAAAAAGUAAGAAGUAACUCAAACUUAUUUUAUCCUUGAAGCUAAACCCUGAUCGCUAUUUACGAGCAAAUAUAUCAACUGAUGUUUUCUCUACUUCCCUACAGAACCAGUAGAGCCAACAGCUUUCUCACUGGCCAACAACAACUAUGUGAAUGUUAAACUUGAGGACACAGAGACUCCAUUUAUCAUGAUCAGAAACAAUAAACUAAGAGAUAACCCACAUAACAAUGUUCCAGAAGGAUCAAGGGUUACCUGUCGCACAGCUGUCAAAGGAUCACCUGGUUUCACUUCUGGACAACACUACUGGGAGGUUUCCCUGAGAAUGUCAGAUCGGGUAGAUGUCAAACAGUCCUGGUGGCUGGGAGUUACAGCUGCAAGAGAAAUUCCUAAUGAUUAUAAUUUUACUCCAAACACAUCUAAUGGUUUCUGGUUCCUGUCGUCUUCACCCGACAGAGCAGAUAGUUUUCAAGUUAGCACAGAGCCAAAGUUUUGUUUUGCUUUCUCUGAGAGACCGUCGAAAGUUGGUGUGUAUUUGGAUUACGACAAGGGAGAGAUUUACUUUUAUAACGUGGUAGAAAAAAGUCUGAUCGGAUCUUUGGCAGUUACAUUCACAGGUGAAGUCUUUCCGCUUUUCAAUUCUGGUAGAGGUGACACGUCUCCCAUGGAGAUACUACUCAGGGAAGAACCGAAUCAGUCUAGUAACAACGCUGAGCCUCCUGAAAAGACAUCAGACGGGACAGGACAGAAUCAGUCUAGUAACAACGCUGGGUCUCUCAUGGAGACAUCAGACGGGACAGGACAGAAUCAGUGUAGUGAGAACGUGGGUUGUGGAGGUGAAACAGCAGAAGCAUCUUAAUAUCAUCAGUAACAGAUGCUACAAGAAGGUACGACUACCACAAACACAAUCAUUUUUAUAUUUCAGUGUUGUUCUUCUUUCUCCGGCUGAAGGGAAAAACACUUUAAUUCAUUUAAGUAAUUUUUCAUGAAAAAUGAGAAAAUCUGAAGAAAGAGUAGCUGAAAAUUUUGAACAUCUUUUUAACUCCCGUCCCAUUUGUCAGGUUAAAUGUCGCAUUGUGAGGGAUUUUAAGUAAAUAUAAUUGAACGGUUUAAACAAAUAUGCUUUGUAAAUACAUCUUAGGAUCCAUUUCAAUCUGAGCAAGCAACGUUAGUAUGUACUAGUGUUGUUUGCACAGAUUAGAGGGAGAGUAAAACCGAACUGACAUAAACAAGCAAGACGUACUGUAAAUACUAAGGAACAGAGUCUAAUAGGUGGUGGUUUUUAGACCAAAACAAGAUGUUUGACCACGUUUCUGGUCAAAACCAUAAGCUAAGCUAACCAGCUCAUAUUGAUUGUACAGAUAUCUGCCUGAAAUAAUCUUUUUUUUCUUCUUUUAAUGUGUGUGUUUUUUAAAUAUCUCUUGGAUAAACAUUAAGACCUGAAGGGAAACGUGUCAAAUCAGGAAUCUGGAAACCACAGUGUGUGUUUGGUCUGUGAUAUUUAGUUGUGCAGUAUUUGUAAUUGAAUAAUGGGCACUUGCACCACCUGACUUUAUCCAGUAGAUUUACUGUGCACUACAACAAAGAUGAUUUGAUGUCUGUCCUCUAUGAAGUAGAGGUAGUUGCUGUGAAUUUAGUUAGUGUUGGUACUGUUUGCAGUGUAGUUAUUUAGAUGAUUUAGCUGUUGAUUUAAUUUUGUAAACACACAGUGGUACUCAUUUAAAUGGUUUGGGACUACAGGGCAGACACAGAAAGUCAGCUUUGUGCAUCACCUUUCAUAACUUGACAUGUGAAGGGAAGCGGAUUCUGGAGGUAAGAGAACGUCACCGGGUUAGUUUUAAGUGUAAGUAGCACAGUGAUGUCUCAGGUUUGUUUUUUUGUUUGUAAUGAAGCUAGUAAAGUGUGGAUUGUGACACUAAUGGAGGUAGAGACUUGGAGGCUGUGGGAAGGUUGUGGUGUUUCUACUUUUACUUCAAAGGAGAAAAAUGUGAACGAGAUGAACUAAAACACAGACUAAAAUCACUUCUGAGUGAAUUUAUUCUCUAUUUUGUCGUGAGCAAUAGUUCUCAUGUAAUGUUGAUUCAAUUUUUUUUUCUAGAUAUUAUCGACGACACUUUUAUAAUAUUGUUGCCUGUUUGUAAAAUGCAUGUCUUAAACUCUGCCCAAGCUGUAACACUACCACUUGGGAAUGUGUACUUGUUAUACUCAUGUGUAAACUAUUCAGUGUAUUACCUUGUGACCCGACACGUUUUUCUGAAUAAACAGUCAAUACUG